AUGAAGAAAUGGGUUUUAGAGUGGAAGUUUGAGUACAAGACUGUCUCUUCUAACAAGUCAAGAGUGCUUUUGAGUUGUGUUGAUGAAAAUUGCACGUGGAGGAUGCGUGCUAUCAAGCUACCUGUUUCAGAUUUUUUCGUUGUUAAAAAGUAUGUUCAUGAGCAUACAUGCGAUACAACACACAGGAAAGCCAACCACAGACAAGCAUCUGCAAAGUUGUUGGGUUCUUUGAUUUCCAGCAAUUAUGGAGAAAAAAAGGAAGGUCUCAAACCGAAACAGAUCAUUGAACAGGUCAGGACGCUGCAUGGUGUUCACAUCAAUUACAAACAAGCUUGGAGAGUGAGAGAAGAAGCUCAGAUUUUGGUUAGAGGGACUCCUGAAGACAGCUAUUACAAUUUGUCUAGGUGGUUGUAUAAAAUCACAGAAACAAACCCUGGUUCCUUGACUUAUCAACAUGUUGAUGCUGCAGGAAAGUUCAAGUAUGCAUUUGUGGCUUUUGGUCCAUCGAUAAGGGGAUUCUCAUUGAUGAGGAGAGUUAUUGCAGUAGAUGGUACAUUUCUGAAGGGAAAAUUCAAUGGGACUUUAUUGGCAGCUUGUGCUCAAGAUGGGAAUUAUCAUCUAUAUCCUCUCGCCUUUGCAGUGGUUGACGCAGAAAACGGCGCCUCUUGGAAAUGGUUCUUUAGAGGUUUGAGCCAAAAGAUCCCGGACGCUUCGGAUCUUGUUUUUGUAUCAGACAGGACUAACUCCAUUUCUUCAGCGUUGGAGGAUGUAUAUCCCUUAUCUCACCAUGGAAUUUGCAGGAUCCAUCUGCUCCACAACAUCACUCCUACAUAUGCGAAGACUGGGUUGCUACCUCUGGUGGAAAGCGCUGCUGAUGCCUAUACGUGUCACGAGUUCUGGUUAAUCUUCAAGGACAUAAAGGAUAAAUGUCCUGAAUUGGCUAAGUAUCUGGAAGAGUCUGAUUUUAGGAAGUGGGCACGAAGCUAUGCGCCUGCGAACAGGUAUAAUAUCAUGACUACCAACAUUGCAGAGUCUCUCAAUUCUAUGUUGAAGAUGCCUCGUGAGUUGCCCAUUAUCUCUCUCCUUGAAACUAUCAGAUUGACGAUGACCACUUGGUUUUUUGAGCGACGCGAAGCGGCUGCGAAACAUAAGCACCUGGUUACUCCAAAAGUUGUGCAGAAAUUGGUAUCUAGGUUAGGGGCCGCAAUGUUGUUGAAUGUGUAUCAAGUUGAUCGAAGCGAGUUUGAGGUGAAGAAUGAAACAAUGAAGUUUGUUGUUGACUUGGAGAAGCGGCAUUGCACAUGUAAUGUUUUCGACAUUGACAAGAUCCCCUGCAUCCAUGCCAUCGCUGCUGCUAAACAUAUCAAGAGAGAUGAAAACCGUUUUGUUGAUGCUUCUCACUUGACAGAAACGUGGGCUAAAGCUUAUGCUGAAAGCAUACAUCCUGGUGGAGAGUUGUCAACGUCCACCUAUCCAGAGAAUAUUGAUGAACUGUCUUGCCCACCUCCAGCUACCAAAAAGAAAAGUGGACGCCCUCCUACAAAGAGAAAGAGAUCCGUUGGCGAGUUUGGGGUUCCUAGAUCUAAAUCUCAGUCCCACAAGUGCAGCAGAUGUGGCACAGGAGGGCACAACAAGAUCACAUGCCAGAGGCCUAUAGGAUGA